AGGGAACACGUGUGGAGCGGACACUCUGGAGACAGCAGUGCCCAGCACAGGGCCAGACUGCCGGCUGCCGCCUCCCUGCCCGCCCGGUGCAUGCCCAGCCGCAGCCCUGCCCGGAGCCGCCAGGAGCUUUCUGUCACCGGAGCUGCUGUCUGCACCCCUCCUGCCAAGGGUUAACCCUGUGCAUCCCAGCCGCAGCCCUGCAAGGGUUAAUCCUCACCCUGACCUAGGAGCAGCGCCCCCUGACCUUCCUGUGCAUGCCCAGCCGCAGCCUUCCAAGGGUUAAUCUCUCCUUGUGUAGGGGCCCCCAACCGAGGGCCACGUCCAGCCCCUUGCAGUGAUCUCAUCCUUGGCACCCUCAGCCGAUGAGCUCAGCCCGGGUGCCCCGCAGCGGGUGAUCGGGUGUCGCAUCCUCCCUGGAAUUGGCGCAGGAUCCUGCUUGAUUCCCGGGAUCCAGUGGAUCCCAGCCCUGGCCGGCGGGCUCCUCACCCAUGCGCUGUGGAUUGCUCCGCUGGAUUUAGGAGUGUUGGAGUUUUUCGGGGACCCCCCUCCAGGUGCCCCCCGCAGGAUGAGGAGGGGGUCGGGAUCCUGGGGGAUCUGCCUGGUCCUGGGCGCAGUCACCGCUCUGAGAGGUUUCGUGACCGCCCUGCAGGUGAUGAUGGACAAGGAUAACAUACAGGUCGCCCGAGGCCAGUCCGCAGCGCUCUUAUGCACCUUCACCACCAGCGCGGCGCUCACCAACCUCAACAUCAUCUGGACCGUCACCCCUUUGUCCAAUGCCAACCAACCCGAACAGAUCAUUAUAUAUCAGGGCGGACAGGUCUUCACGACGGCGGCGCAGUUCCAAGGACGAGUGGGUUUUAUGCAAACCAUGCCAAGCACCAACGCUUCAAUCUACAUAAAUAACACGCAGCUGUCCGAUACAGGGACCUACCAGUGUAUGGUCAACAACUUCCCGGAUCGAGCACUGCGCAACAUUGGCGUACUGGGAUUUACCGUUUUAGUGCCUCCCUCUGAACCCCUCUGCAACAUUCAGGGAUCCCUGGAUAUUGGGAGUGAUGUCACUCUGACUUGCAGCUCGGAGGAAGGAAUUCCCAGACCCACGUACUUAUGGGAGAAAGUCGAUAACAAUCCCAUCCUCCCUGCAUCUGUAACACAAGACCAGUUUCAAGGUACUAUCUUACUGAAGAACAUAAGUACUGCAUCCUCAGGGCGAUAUCAGUGUGUAUCAUCCAAUCUCAUGGGUGCUCGAACCUGCCUUCUAGACCUGCAAGUAGUUGCUCCUCAGCACCAGAGCAUGGGUCUUAUAGCUGGAGCCAUCGCUGGGGGAGUGUUGGUGCUGGCCAUCUGCAUAAUCGUGGUAGUUGUUGGGUUGUUCUACUGGAGGAACAAGCACAAGGAAGAGGAAGAUGAAAUGCCUAAUGAGAUAAGAGAGGACGAUCUUCCUCCGAAGUGCGCAUUGUCUACCAAAGUCUUUCACCCUGAUGCCUCCUCCUCUGAGCAUGAUACACUAACGUCCACCAACACAAACAUCUACAAUGGUCACUACUGGAGUAACUCCAAGUCCAAUUUCAACACCGGUUCUUACGUCCAUUACAACUGCAAUGGUUGCCGCCAACCCUCCGCCCGUUCAGUUACAGGUCAUCCAAGACCAACAUAUGCUAAUGGUGGACAACCUUCUACAGGUCCUCCAAAGACAUUGGUGGUGACGGCUAACACAGCCCCUUCUCCAAAGACUGGAGGUAGAAGCAACGGUACGGUUGGCAGAAAAGCUAAGCCGUCUCAAACCAGGUCUUAUGCUGUUAGCCAGGCCACAUUGGAGAGGAUAGGUGCUGUACCGGUCAUGAUACCAGCUCAGAGUAGAGCUGGGUCGCUAGUAUAGACAGAGCAUAAAGUCAGCUUGGGGCAAAGAAGAGUCGUGUUAGCAUGUGGGAUGAAAGAACAUCACGUGUGCUUCUCUGUUCCUUCCUUUCAUCCAGGCAAUCUACAACUGGAAAAGGCCGGUCCUUUGCUCUUGUGAGAGCAGACAUACCCUGAGACAAGGAAUAAACAGGGGAAGUGUGGACGGUUUUCUCGAGAUUAGAACUCGUCCUUGUAGUGCCAAGCACAGCCCCGGGGCUUCCAACACAGGAUAACAUAUGUGCCUCCCGUACUCUGGUUCAGCUCCUCUCACUCACACAAAGCCCCAUUAAAGGCUUUAUUUUUGUAGCAUUCACCUUGCUUGGAAUCCAACUAGUUCUCUUGUUCUUUGAAGACGGUGCUAAGGAGCCCCCCACCCAACUCACCCUUCUGUACCACUCUAAAAAUCACCAGCUAAAGAAGUAAUCACCCCAUCCCACAUACCUCCAGCACUUUAUUCAUACCCACCUCCAUGGAAGAACAUCCAACAGGUAGAUACAUUGCAAGAACCUACCAUCGCCACUAAAUAUGACACAGACUUCAUCAUACCAUAAAGAUCCCUCAAGAUCCUACUGAAAGAUUCCUAAGAUCAAGAUUUUUUUCCCCUCAAAUAUUUGUUCCUAUUUUGAGAUUAUAGACACUGAACCUGUUUUGCAUUCUUUUACUGAAUUUAAUAUAUAUAAAAAAAAAAAUUUUUUUCGUAGUAUUUGAUUUUUUUAGGGGCUCUGUAGUUAUCAUUGUAUCAAAUUUCGAAUACUAGGUCAUUGUAAUGUGUUUGGCAAAUGUAUCAACUUCUUUUCUUCCCCCAGAAAAACCCAUCAUUAUUAUUUUUUUGUUCUUAACGCGUUUAUUUUUGAAUGGACUUGGUUUGCAGAUAUUUCUUAAGUUGCAGAACUAGAUGUCCUAUCAUGGUCUUUCAGCUCCGAUUGAGACCAUGGGUGAACUUUUAGUUCCACCAUUUCUCAGGAAGCGUGGGUUGUCCACUUUAGACGAACAUGCAGUAGGAUGUAUGGAAGAAUUUUUGAAAUUGCUGUAGUCUACAGAAGGUUGAUGAGGGAGCUGAACAUGCAGUAGGAUGUAUGGAAUAAUUUUUGAAAUUGCUGUAGUCUACAGAAGGUUGAAGAGGGAGCCGUACAGAGUUUCGGGUGAUUUAAUGACAAGCAAUGGCAAGGAAUUAAUAAGUGUUUGGUUCAACAAAUGCAACACGUUCUAGUGAUUGUCCUCCAUGAGCACCAAUGGGUCAACCAGCCUCCUCGUUGAGUGUUAGCCUUCAAAUCCUGUCUUCUCACCCAGUGAAGGGCUGAAGCUUUCAUAUAUCUCUAUUAUUCAGUGGACGAACACAGAAACAGUUGAAUCUCCUUAUGCUGCAAAUCCAACUAAGUGGCAACGAAAAGGGGGGAAAACGCCAAGUAUACCCCAAGUGGACUCUUGAUCGAAAUACUGGAUAUCCAGUGUUUAUGUGCCUGAAAAUUGAUGUCUGCAGAGUUACAGUAUUAUGUACA